AUGAGCUUAGAGGAUAUCCAGAGCGAGCUCAGGAAAGCGACAUACUACAAAGAUACAGCAGAGGCAUUCAUCCCGUAUGAAAGCAUCCGAGAGAUAUGGGCCGGGGAUCGGCUGGAACGGUUUCUGAAGACCCAUGACCCAAGUAUUGGUUCCUUGGAGAUCGGUGUAGCACGAGACGGCUUGUUACGUACGAUAUCUAUCCUCGCGAGUAUCGCUCCUCGAGACUGGCCAGGAUGGUCGAGGUUCAAAGACAUUUUCUUUCCGCGGGAUGAUCUUGUGGCCGAUCGUCGCCGGGACAAAAAUACUCUCGUGCUCUCCAAGAAGGAACUUGAGGAUGACUCAUUUCUUGGGAACACCCUGCUAGUGCGCGCUUUUAUGGAUGAUAGGUGGAUUUACUUUCCAAUUGUUUUAGGGGGGAACAAGCAAGACCCUUAUAAAGAGGACCUACGGUUACCACUAUUUCAAGAGGACCCUGUGAUUCGACAGGGUGGCUUCGGGAAAGUGACCAAGGAGAUAAUACCUCCGAAUCAAAUCAUCAUAGGCCAUUUAAGCGACCAGCUCGGUAUACCAGAGGCGCCUCAUCCAGUCAAACUCAUAGUUGCCCGAAAGCGCUUCGCCAAGGGAAAUUAUGACGUUGAAAUCAGACAUCUGAACCAUCUCCGAACAAGCCUAUCCAGUCAUAAGCGAAUCAUUUCUGAUCUGGCAAUAUUUACCAUUAGAAAUGAGUUGAACAUCAUCAUGCCGUGGGCGGACAUGGACUUGGAAGAUUUCUUGAUUGGAGGUUACAGAGAGAUGCAACCCACCCCAUGUUUGAAUGAUCUAAUCCAGGAAUCCAGAAAGGUUGCAUCUGCCAUUGAUUUCCUGCACAUGCAUCUCCAACUCGAGAGCGAAUGGCCCGAAUUUCACCACCAAGCAAUAUGCCACGCGGAUAUCAAGCCCAAGAAUAUUUUGGUAUUCAAAUGCGAUGGCUCUUCUACGGGAGUUUGGCGAAUUACCGAUUUUGGUAUCUCCCGAAUAGCACAUCGUGGCAUAUCGGGAAAUUUAGAUUAUGCCACUAGUGCCCAGGGCCAUGCUCCAAGAGGGGGCACAUACCGGGCACCAGAGGCCCGGUCUCAACGAAGGAGCGAUGUCUGGUCGUUUGGAUGCAUACUAGUGCGCGUCUUUGCCUUGGGACUUGAUCCUGCGAGUCUGCCAGAACUCGACGAAAUGCGAAGAGAACCGCCCAACGCUCACGACGAUUGUUUCCAUCGAGGAUCUCCUCCCACUCUCAAUCCAGCCGUCGAAGCUUGGAUUCAAAAACUGCCAACCAGAUACCCCGUUCCUCAUAGCCCCGUUUUCUUUGACAACUUGCAGAAGCUCCUUCGCUCAAUGCUUGAGAUAGAUUACCACCGUCGCUCAUCGGCAAGUGAAGUUCAAAGCGGUUUACAUAGACUUCAUUCCUCUGCCAUAUCAAACUUUACUCCGCGAAGCUCAGUAAGCGGAUCGUCAAACAAAGGAGUGGGUGUUCUUGUCACUGUCAUGAAGACUGGUGGCAUCAACCAGGUCCGUGAAAUUUUGCUAGACGAUAUUGAUGUGGAGCAAUGUCAUGAGGGCGAACGACCUUUAAUCUAUGCUAUUGAAAUGGCCAAUGCCUCUAUGAUCAACGAGCUUUCUGAUUAUCAGCGAAAGUUCCACGAUCAAAAUUUGGACGUGCGAACCCCCUCGUCCAAAAGGCAAACGCCACUCUAUCUUGCGGUUUGCAAGGGUGAUUUUGACACCGUGAAAGCUGUGAUUGAUGCCUAUGUUCAUUCUGAUUCCCACGCCAAUGCCAGUACUUUGUUGAACGAAAUGUGCGAGGAUAAGACUCCGCUCAUGCAAGCAGCCUUCCUUGGUAACGCCCGUGUGGUCUCAUUGCUUUUACAAUGCGGUGCAAAUCACAGAAUCUGCGUGCAGCGACAAAAGCUAAACUGCCUACAUUAUGCGGUGAAAAUAAACAAUCGCGCGCAAGAAGACGUUAUAAGGGCAUUUAAGGGCAAUAUGGUUUUUGAUCAGCUCCCACCCCAUAAUCGUCUUGAUAGUUCAGACAAUAUACCAAGCACGACAGCAUAUGAGACACCGAUGAUGUUGCACAUCAGUCUCGCGCUGGAAGGUGUGAAGAUAGACUCUUUGUGGCGAAGGAAGUUCAACGCACUCUUGGAAGGAGGAGCGGAUGUGACUAGGAGGUACGACGGAACCGUUUCGGAGAUGAGCCCUUUGGAAGUUGCUAUAAAGGAAAGGAACGACUUGCUUGCGCAAGUGCUUGUUGAUGCGGGUGCAACCCUACCAAAGGGCUAUGUUAUACCGCCAGGAUGCUCCCAUAAGAUGAAAAAGCUUGUCAAGAACGCGCGCGGUGAGCACGUCCAACGGCGUGCCUUUACUUUUUACGGGUGA